AUGGACCGAGGGGAUGGUAACGUGAAGUACAUUCUAACUGGAGACGGGGUGGGAAGCUUGUUUCUAAUAGACGAGAACUCAGGUGACAUUCACGCCACUAAGAGGUUGGACAGGGAGGAGAGGGCCAUAUACACACUCCACGCUAAGGUGGUGGACAAGAGGACCAACGAGACACUGGAGGCUGAUACUGAAUUUAACAUCAAGAUCCACGACAUCAACGACAAUGAGCCAAAGUUCUCAAAAUACAUCUAUUUCGCCAGUGUCCCGGAGAUGUCUGAUGUAGGUGAGUAAAAACAACUGCUUUUGUCUGAGUUGGUCCUUUUGUGAUGCUAUAUGUCUAUGAAGAAAUGUGAAUGACAAUUAUUUGUUAAACUUAGUUCACAAAGGCAGAGAUAAUUAACUGGAAAUCAAAUCAUGUUAUUCACUCCAUAAUAUGCUUACGUAAUAGUGGAAGGUUGAAUCUUUAGUGAAGGUUUUACCUCAUUGCACUAAAAUGAAUUAAGAUAAUAUAUAUAUUAACCAGUAGGCACAAAUACAAACAAACGGGCAAACUGGAAUACAUUUCCAAUUAUGAGCCCACAAAUGAAUAGAAUGUGUAAUUGCAAGUUAAAUAAAAACCUACUUGCCAAUAUGGCAAAUAAUGGUCCUCUAUCGUGUUCACAUAAUGAUGGAAUCAUUGACUGGUUAACUGUGACUGGAAUAGUGGCUGGAAUUGCUGGAAUUGUUGGAAACAUUUGAUGAAAGUAUUGAGCAGUGGAGCUCAUACACAGAACAGUUUGUAUAUUUUGUUCUUGCAAAUGACAUUGAUGAGGACAAAAUUGUGCCUAAAUUAUUUAGUGUUAUGGGGCCAAAGACAUUUAAUUCACUCCACAGUCUGCUACAGCCAAACAGGCAAGGUAAUUAACCACAAGUUAUUGCUGAAAGGUUCCACAGAAGAAAUCAGGAAGAGGGAGAAUCAGUGACACAUGUUUGCUGCUGCAUUAAAUAAACUAUCAGUGCACUGUGAGUUUAAUGAUGUUCUAAAUGACACCAUUAGAGACAGACUAGCAUGUGAGCUAAGGCGUGAAGCUACACGAGACUAUUGACUGAAAGUAAUCUGACCUUGGCAAAGGCUAUUACAGUCAGUGUGUCCAUGGAACUAGCUGCUAAAGAGGCUCAGCAGUUAAUUUCAUCAGGAAAAGUUCACAGAGUUGCAACUGAAAUCAGAGACAGGGAAAUCAAGGCACAUGCUUCCACUGUGGCAAAGCAGAAUAUCAGGCAUCUACAUGCUGGCAUAAGGACAUGGAUUGCUGAGCCUGUGGUAAAAAGGGCCACGUUGAACGAGCCUGCAGAAACAAAAAGAGCUCAGAGAAAACGUGAAAUACUGAAAAGAAGAGACAUUCUAAUGCAAGAAAAAGAGACAUGUUUAGGCUGUUGAGCAAGUGACCAAUCAGGUGAGGAAGUCACACUGAAUAUACUAACUGUUGAUGGGGGGCUGCACGGCUACUAUGUCUCUCCCUUGCUAGAGGGGCAGCCGGUUCAUAUGGAGAUUGACACAGGGGCAGCUGUAUCUCUUGUGUCAGACACAGUUUGACAAAAAGACACUGGAACACCUUCCACUUCAGCCAGCACACAUCGUGUUAAAGACUUACACAGGUGAAUUUGUCGCCAUGAGAGGCAUCACUGAGGUCACAAUUCAGUUAAACGGACAAACUGAAAAGAUGCCACUCUACAUUGUGAAAGUAAACUAUGCAUCACUACUGGGACGUUCGUGGUUGGAGAAAAUCACACUGGACUGGCCGUCAGUGGAUGCAAUGACACAUGGAGACUGAAUGCAAAGGUGGGCUUUGUUGUUGUCAGCACACACCUACGACAUCAAUUACCGCAAGUCAGAACUGCAAUGCAAACGCAGAUGGACUAUCCAGGUUAACACUACCUGUGGUCAAAGCAGAGUCACGCCAAGUGGACAUCUUCUACUUCAGACAAGUGGAAAACGCACCAGUCACUUAAACACAAGUGUGGAGAAACACCAGAAACGACCCGGUGUUAUCUGAAGUGAUGGACAUCAUCAAAGGUAGAACCACAGGGGAUGCUCCAGAACUUUCUUAUCGAAGGGAACUAAGCUAUCAAUACAGUUCAGUUCAGUUGUCUGCCUUCCCUGAGGAAAACCAGUGUUGCAACACUACACUCAGGUCAUUGUGCAAUAGUUUUUAUGAAGAAAAUCGCAGCGAAAACAUGUUCCUCAUGUCAGAAGGUUCGCAAUGUACCUCAACUUGCACAUCUUCAUCUGUGGAAUUGGCCGGAGGAGGCAUGGCAACGCAUACACGUCGACUUCGAAGACAGAUAUUUGUAUUUUAUUAUUUUUUAUUAAAUAUUAAAACAUACAAUCUACUUGCAGUGAAGCUGCUCAACAUUUACAUUACAUUCAGUCAUCUAACAGACUCCCAUCCAGAGCGACCCACAGAAGCAACCAGGGUCAACGCCCUGCUCAAGGGCAUGUCGACAGAUCUCCCACAAGGUAAAAAACGGGGACCCCAACCAGCGACCUAUCAGCCACCAGCCCAAGCUCCCAACUGCGAGGCCACCAGCCCUACUUGUAUGAAAAAGAGAGAUACUUUGAAAAAGGUUCAUUUUCAAUUCAUCGAAAAUGAGACAUGGCAAUCUGCACAAAGGCAAAAAGGACAUUUUUAAACAAUGGAUGAUAUUUUCUUAGUAAUCUACUUGAGAACCAUUUAGGGUUCAAGUAAAACGUUUGUAUAAGUGAAGCUUUUAGAGAGGUUUUGUGCUUUUAUAUUUAAUACUCUCAACCCACCCAGUUCAUAUUCAUUAUAUAGAUAGGCAUGCUUUAUCUUGUCUGGUUUAGCAUCCCAGAUAAAGCGAAAUAUUUUUUGCUCAUAUGAUUUGAAAAAUGUAUCAUCAGGAGUAGGCAGCGCCAUAAGUAAGUGAGUAAACUGAGAUAUGACUAAGGAGUUAAUCAGGGCAAUUUUUCCAUUAAUAGACAGGUAUUUACCUCUCCAUGGUUGGAGGAUCUUGUCUAUUUUUACAAGUUUUCUAUUGAAAUUCAUUGUGAAGAGCACAUUUAUAUAUUUUGUGAUAUGAAUACCAAGUAUGUCUACUUCACCAUCAGCCCAUUUUAUAGGUAAACUGCAGGGCAAUGUAAAAGAUCCAAUACAUAAUAUUGUACAAAGAGUCCAGAAAAGUUAUCUAGAUCUUCAAUGAGACAUUGCAGGGAUCUAGCUUGCGGACUUAAUAUAAAUCUUGAGUCAUCAGCAUACAAGGCCACCUUUGUUUUUAAGCCUUGGAUUUCUAAUCCUCUAAUGUUGUUAUUUGAUCUGAUUUUAAUAGCUAGCAUUUUGAUGGCCAUAAUUAAUAGAUAUGGUGACAGCAGACACACUUGUUUAACUCCUCUUGACAAUUCAUAACUCUCUGAGAAGUAGCCGCUAUGUACUAUUUUACACCUGGGGUUGUUAUACAUUACUUUUACACCUUUUAUAAGAGAAUCACCGAAAUUGAAAAAAUCCAGGCAUUUAUAAAUAUAAUCAGUCUUACUUUAUCAAAGGCCUUUUCAAAAUCUGCUAUAAAUAACGGGCCUGGCUACUUAAUGUUUCAUGUUGUUCCAAUAUUUCUAGUAGUUGUCGAAUAUUACCUCCAAUAUUUAGUCCAUGUAGAAAACCUGUUUGAUCAGGAUGAACAAUACUUGGUAAAACCUUUUUAAUUCUGAGUGCUAUGCAUUUCGCUAGUAUUUUUGCAUCACAACAUUGAAGUGUAAGAGGCCUCCAGUUUUUUAGAUAGAUAGACUGGAUCUUUAUAUUUGCCAUCUGGGUCUUGUUUUAAUAAUACAGAAUGUUUUACAGAAUGUUUGUAGUGGUCGUGGAUUCUCAUAGCAGGUGGCCAUCAUGGGGUCUAUUAUUGCUGAGAAGACCAUCGAGAAGCUUGUGUUUAAUCGGUUCGGAUCACCACUCCAACUUGUUAGCGACAACGGGCCGCAGCUAGUGUCCCAAGAAAUGGCGACUUUCCUACAGGUUAUUGGCAUACAUCACAUCAGGUCCGCACCCUAUCACCCAUCAACGAACAGGCUGGCGAAGAUGUUCAUACAUACCAUGAAACAUGCCUUAAUAAAAGCAUCUUAGGAUCAAGGGACACUACACCAAUGCUUUAACAGCUUCCCGCUAUCCUACAGGAACACGCCUCACGCAACUACUAAGGCUUCGCCUGCAUCGCAACCCAUGAAGAAAGAGCUACGCACAUGCUUCGUUGUUCCAAGUCAUCCCAAUGGUGUUCAAUGGGGUUGAGGUCAGGGCUCUUUGCAGGCCAGUCAAGUUCUUCUACACCGAUCUCAACAAACCAUUUCUGUAUGGACCUCGCUUUGUGCACGGGGAAAUUGUCAUGCUGAAACAGGAAAGGGCCUUCCCAAAACUGUUGCCACAAAGUUGGAGGCACAGAAUCUUCUAGAAUGUAAUUGUAUGAUGUAGCGUUAAGAUUUCCCUUCACUGGAACUAAGGGGCCUAGCCCGAACAAUGGAAAACAGCCCCAGACCAUUACUGUUCCCCCACCAAACUUUACAGUUGGCACUAUGCAUUCGGGCAUGUAGCAUUCUCCUGGCAUCUGCCAAACCCAGAUUCGUCCGUCGGACUGCCAGAUGGUGAAGCGCAAUUCAUCACUCCAGAGAAUGCGUUUCCACUGCUCCAGAGUCCAAUGGCGGCGAGCUUUACACCACUCCAGCCGACACUUGGCAUUGCACAUGGUGAUCUUAGGCCUGUGUGCGGAUGCUCAGCCAUGGAAAGCUAACCGCUUCAGCAUUCGGCGGUCCCGUUAUGUGAGCUUGUGUGGCCUACCAUUUCGCGGCUGAGCCGUUGUUGCUCCUAGAGGUUUCCACUUCACAAUAACAGCACUUACAGUUGACCGGGGCAGCUCUAGCAUGGCAGAAAGUUCACGAACUGACUUGUUGGAAAGGUGGCAUCUUAUGACGGUGCCUCAUUGAAAGUCACUGAUCUCUUCAGUAAAGCCAUUCUACUGCCAAUGUUUGUCUAUGGAGAUUGCAUGGCUGUGUGCUCGAAUUUUACACAACGGGUGGGUCUAAUCCUGAAUGCUGAUUGGUUAAAACCGCAUUCCAGCUGGUGGCUAUUCCACAAGUUACCACCGGCUACUGUAAAUCUAUGACGUUAAAAUGCCUAUUUACUCUGUUCCGUCUGACUGCGCAAUCCACUGUCUCAUCAGCCCACCCAGGCAAUUUAUAAACUUCAUCUCCACUAUAAAAACUAUUUAGACAUUAUCUCACAUUUCUUUCAGACUAACAUUUAGUUUUCAACAGCAGAGAUUUGUAUAAACCUUGCUGUCUGUCUCUCCGACCUUGGCAGUUAGUGUUUCUCAGCCAGUCGAAAUCAUGAAUCAGCUGGCAUCAUUUUAAUGGAUAUAUAUAAAGAAAGUUUACAGUCUUUACAGCUUCAGUUAGCAAGCAAGGGAUAAGAAUGUUGCCAGCCAGUAUAGCAAUGGAACAUUUAGAACGAACAACAUAGAUACAGAACAAAAAGACAGAACAACUGGGUCGCGUCUCUGGUAACCGAACCGAUAGAACAAACAAACCAGCUAGCUUGGGUAGCAACCCUAGAUUUGUGUCGGGACUAUAUCUUGUGGAAGGAUAAAAUAGUAUGAAUAAAUUCAUAAAAAUAAUGUUGCAUAAAAGUGAUAAUGCCCUCGAAGAUGGUGUUUGGAGGAUAUAUAUUCACGGUUUGCAACACCCCUGCCAAUAUAUCCUCCAAACACCGGCUUCUCUGGCAUUAUCACUUAAUUAUACAGCUGUCAGCAACGGGUGUGGAUGAAAUAGCCAAAUCAACUACUGUGAAGUGGUGUCCACAUACUUUUGUAUAUAUAGUGCAUGUUAUAUACAGAACGUAAGAGAGGAAUGUAGGUUAGACAGAAUGGAGAAUUCCACCAAAGCAGCGCAAAAUAUCCAGUCAGAAAAUAUUGUUUCUCUCUAAUAAUGAAAGAGAAAAAAACGAUAUCAAUAAUCUAUAGAAAAAUGUAAUGACAAGUUUAAUCAAGUUUAAGCUUAUUAAGAAAUAAAUUAUCUGUGCAGGCCUAAAAAUAUCCCUCCAUGUGAGGUUGAAAACCAAAUGGCCAAUAACCUAUCCUACUGCUAGACUUAUCAUAAAAGCUUUAAGUUAAAGUUAUGAACAGUAGCCUAUUUCCCAAAUAUUCUAAUAGCCUAAGAAGGUGUUGUCCUAAAGUUGCCGCUUUCAAAAAGAACAAGAAUGAAAGCCGGAGUCUAUAGGCCUAGGCAUAGACUAAUCUCAUUCGCAGCUUUAUGAGAGAUUGAACAAACAAUAUUAAGAGAGGAGGAUGAGGCAAAUAAAGCAUUUAUUAUCUAGACAGCCCGUUUUUUUUUUUUCUCAUCUUAUACAACUGUUACCAGGCACCUGCAAAAAAGAUAGCUCAGUUGUGCGAGUGCCUUUUGAAUUUUGAAGACAGCCCGUUCGAAAUCAAUUGACAAUUGACAGUGGUUUUCAGUGGAUUAUUAUAUAUUUUUAAUGGUUGGCCAAUAGGGGCAGAUACCAUUGUAUAUCACAAUGUUUUAUGAGUACAUAAUCAGGAAAUGACAAAGGUGAACAUCGCCCAACUCUAAUCCAUACACUACACAGCAAAAUCGCCAGUGUUCAUAUCCUUGUGUAAGCAGUUUUGAUGUUGAUGUGAUGUUACUUUGUGUUACUAUGAAUGGACUGAAGCCGGCUGGUGUUGCUUUUAAAUUGGCCAGUGUAACCUAGUGUUGAUUUCUCAGUGUAACAUUUCUAGUGUUGAUUCAGGUGUUAAAUUAACUAUACUGAAAAAAAUUAUAAAUGCAACAUGCAACAAUUUCAAAGAUUUUACUAAGUUACAGUUCAUAGAAGGAAAUCAGUCAAUUGAAAUAAAUGAAUUAGGCCCUAAUAUAUGCAUUAGACACCAGUAGAGGAGUUAUCUAGCUAUAUAAACCACACCCUUUUGCAAACAUGCCUUCUCCAAUGUUGGAUACGAGGCAGUACUUAUUUAAAUUAUGUGACAGAAUAUCAUGUUACCAUUGGUGUAUUAAAAUGAGAGUUAAGGUGAUGUCACCUUGUCCUCUUAAUAAUGAUUCCAAGUGUUUGACAUGGGGGAGGGUAACAGUAACUUUAUGAUCAAACUUGAUUAAUGAAGACGCAACCGUCAUUUUCAUACUUUGUUCAUCAUACUUUGAUCUGGUUUCCUUCAAAUAUCAUCCAAUUUCAUGAAAAACAUGAUUUUGACUGUUCAUGAGCUUUAAAGAAUUACAUUUUGAUGACAAUAUAUUCACUUAGGCUCUCACUUGGUGAAGGCCACAGGACUGAAAAUUCAUGAAUGUAACAACCAUCUCUCUGUCACUAGCAUACACAGUCCUGGGUGGUACUGGUAACAAAAAUUAACUCAGAAGUCACCCUGGGAAAUAUGCAAAUAAGGCUUAAAAACCUACAGCAGAAGUAUUGCAUUCUCGCCCUGGAGGGCCAAAACAUCUCUGGUUUUGGAUUUUUGUAUGGUUCUUCAAAGAACCAUCCCAUUUAUGGUUAUUCAGAGACCCUAAAAUGGUUCCCCCAUGGCAGGGGUAUUCAUCUCUUACUCUACGAGGUCCAGAGCCUGCUGGUUUUCUGUUCUACCUGAUAAUUAAUUGUACCAACCUGGCAUCCUAGGUCUAAAUCAGUCCCUGAUUAGAGGGGAACAAUGAAACAAAUGCAGUGGAACUGGCUUUGAGGUCCAGAGAUGAGUUUGAAGGCCCGAUGCCAUUGCUCUCAAGAACCGUAUUUGAUUCCAACUUGCACCUUUAUUUUAUUAGAUGAUUAUAUUGGGAUGUUUUGUUGUGCAUAUUUCACUGGGCAAUGUCUCACAACUUCUGCCUCCCUUUGAGCUGGAUCACAUUUCAAAUUAAUUCAUCAAAUUGAAUUGUGGUUAUAAUGACUAUUAUAUGCAUGCUAGAGCAUUCCUAAUAAUUGCUCCAUGUGUACUUAAAUUUGAUGUAUGGCUAUGUGCUUUAUCUUGGAUGUAUGGAUAUGUGCUUUAUCUUGGAUGUAUGGAUAUGUGCUUUAUCUUGGAUGUAUGGAUAUGUGCUUUAUCUCUAUCUUCUCCUCCACAGGCACAUCAGUUAUACAAGUCACCGCGACAGAUGCUGACGAUCAAACAUACGGGAACAGUGCCAAGCUUGUGUACAGUAUUCUACAGGGUCAACCCUAUUUUUCAGUUGAUUCAGACAAUGGUAAGCUAUUCCCAACAAUCAAAAUGGGCACGCAAACACUUGAAAGGAGGGAUCAUGUGUGUAUCUCUCUGCAAAAAGAGACCCAGCAGCGCUCAGUAUGGGGUGUUUUUCUUUGUGAAUGAGAAGUGAGUUGAGGCGAAAGGUUUCCUCUCUUGUCUGAAUCAAGAGCAAUGAUAUUUUAUUUGUGGGGUAAUGUCUGUCGUGAACUGUUGGUGUGGUGUAAAUAUACAUUGGUGUUCAGCUUUUGAUGCCUUCAUUUGAUAACUCAACAAUAUUUGUAAUAUAUUGCGCUCAUACUGAUUACUGGCAAUGGAGAUUAUUGUUUAUUCUAAAUUAAGUAGAUCUUUAUUAUUUUAAACUCAUGUUAAACCUGACCAAUCAUACACCAGUCAUACUUAUAUAUACUGAUAGUAGUCUAUUUUCUCACUCAGGCACGAUCAGGACAGCCCUGCCCAACAUGGACAGGGAGACGAAGGAGAACUACCAGGUUGUGAUCCAGGCUAAAGACAUGGCUGGCCAGAUGGGUGGGCUAUCAGGAACCACCACAGUCAGCAUCACCCUCUCUGAUGAGAACGACAGCCCACCCCGCUUCGCCAACCGUAAGACUCCAUUCCACUCUCCUUGUUGACCUUCUGUUUUCCAUGAAGGCACACAAUGCUAUUCUGUACAUGUAUGUGCUUUAUAACUGUGCAACACUGUUUGAACCGAGUCGACAUUCUUCUAGCUUGUAGGCCUCUCAACAAUAUCUUGUGACCUCUGUCUACUGUCAGUGUCAGAUAAGGUGUUAAGACAUAACCAAUAAGCCAUUUACUACCACUAUACUGAAACUUUAAUGUCUGUUGAAAAGCAGAUGUUGUGCUAUGUACUGUAUGUAGCCUACAGGUAGGACGGCAUCAUAGUCCCAAAGAGAGCCAUCUGUACGAAAUAAUCCUUUCUGAAGGAGUCCCACAACUAAUGAUAACAUACCCAAACAUUCCCACACAAGGAAAAUUGCACAAAAAACGACAAUACUAAAUUGAAUUUGAAAGUUUAUAGAAAAACUAACAAACAGCUUAGCAUUUCCCUGGAGAAUCAGGUAAACAAACAUUUUAAAAACAUACAGAAUCACAUUGUCCCAGAGUGCAAAGAAUCUGGGAGACACAACUCAGUCUCAGUGCUUAUUCUGUUCUUUUUUAUAAAUCAUAUUUUUUCUUCAUCUCCCCAGAUACAUUUCGUCUGAGCACUCUGGAGUUGGCUGAAAUAGGAGCUGCCAUAGGUCGGAUCAAGGCUAACGAUGCGGAUGUGGGGCGGAAUUCUGAGAUGCUGUAUAGCAUCGUCGACCGAGAAGGACAGGACAUGUUCACCAUCAUCACUGACCAAAACACACAGGAGGGCAUUAUCAGGGUGAAAAAGGUAGCCCAUAAACUCCUGAGUGCAACGCUCUCAUGUUUUCAUCUCCUAUGACCCCACUGCUUCAAAUCACAAGAUACCACUUUGUGUGCAGACAGAGUGAUCCUCUCUCUGAACUAAACCCGUCUUUUAUUAUCAUCUUCAUGAAAGUACUUAAUUAUUUUCGCUGUCAAGAGACCCUUAUUCCUCCUGGGAAUUUGUAUAAAGAGUCUUUGAGACUUUUGAAAUCCAGGUUUAGCUUUUCUUUUCUUAGCCAGGGCCAUACUUUUCAGAGCCUCAGCAAAUUAUGCAAAUUGAAGAACCUAAGUGAAAAGUGGAUGGUGCGUACGUACUGUAUACAUACGCUCAGAUGAAAAAUUACACCCUGAUAGCAGUCCUUUAUAUCUGAAGGUGCACUAAAGAAUAUUCAAAUUCACCCCCAGUUAUUGAUAGAGUACACUCUUAGUUAUUUUUAACAGAUCUGGGAUGACACGUCAUGUUACUUUUAACACAAUCACUGUGUUGGCACAGCAUGAUGUGUACAUUCUUAAACACAUUUUGUGUCAAUUCCUGCAAUUACUGUGUUAAAAUCUGAAAACCUCUCAACACACCCUAGAUGUGUUAGAUUAUUGACCAAUCACAUUGUGGAUCAGAAGUCAUCAUGUAUCUAUUCUCUUAGAACAGAUGUAUUAAAAACAACACGUCUGUGUCUAAUUAGGGACGACGUGUUACUUUCAACACAGUCACCGUGUUGUCACAUUGAACACGUUGUGUACAUUUUUUAACAGAAUGAUUAUGUUAAAUGUAACGUGUCAUCCCUAAGUGUACACACGGAUGUGUAAAAAAAUGUUUGUUUUUUUUUUACAUAUACAGUGCAUUCGGAAAGUAUUCUGACCCCUUGACUUUUUCCACAUUUUGUUAUGUUACAGCCUUAUUCAUCAAUCUACACACAAUACCCCAUAAUGAAAGAAUAUACAGGAAAUAUCACAUUUACAUAAGUAUUCAGAUCCUUUACUUAGUACUUUGUUGAAGCACCUUUCACAGCGAUUACAGCCUCGACUCUUCUUGAGUAUGACGCUACAAGCUUGGCACACCUGUAUUUGGGGAGUUUCUCCCAUUCUUCUCUGCAGAUCCUCUCAAGCUCUCAGGUUGGCAGGGGAGAGUUGCUGCACAGCUAUUUGCAGGUCUCUCCAGAGAUGUUCGAUCGGGUUCAUGUCCGUUCUCUGGCUGGGCCACUCAAGGACAUUCAGAGACUUGUCCUGAAGCCGCUCCUGCAUUGUCUUUGCUGUGUGCUUAGGGUAGUUGUCCUGUUGGAAGGUGAACCUACGCUCCAGUCUGAGGUCCUGAGCGCUCUGGAGCAGGUUUUGAUCAUGGAUUUCUCUGUACUUUGCUCCGCUCAUUUUCCCUUGAUCCUGACUAGUCUCCCAAUCUCUGCCACUGAAAAACAUCCCCACAGCAUGAUGCUGCCACCACCACCAUACUUCACCGUAGGGAUGGUGCCAGGUUUCCUCCAGACAUGACGCUUGGCAUACAGGCCAAAGAGUUCCAUCUUAGUUUCAUCGGACCAGAGAAUCUUGUUUCUCAUGGUCUGAGAGUUCUUUAGGUGCCUUUUGGCAAACUUCAAGCGGACUGUCAUGUGCCUUUAACUAAGGAGUGGCUUCCGUCUGGCCACUCUACCAUAAAGGCCUGAUUGGUGGAGUGCUGCAGAGAUUGUUGUCCUUCUGGAAGGUUCUCCCAUCUCUACAGAGGAACUCUGGAUCUCUGUCAGAGUGACCACCGGGUUCUUGGUCACCUCACUGACAAAGGCCCUUCUCCCCCGAUCGCUCAGUUUGGCCGACCGGCCAGCUCUAGGAAGAGUCUUGGUGGUUCCAAACUUCUUCCAUUUAAGAAUGAUGGAGGCCACUGUGUUCUUGGGGACCUUCAAUGCUGCAGUACCCUUUCCCAGAUCUGUGCCUUGACACAAUCCUGUCUCGGAGCUCUACGGCCAAUUCCUUCAACCUCAUGCUUGCUCUGACAUGCGCAAUAAACUGUGGGCCCUUAAAUAGACAGGUGUGUGCCUUUCCAAAUCAUGUCCAAUCAAUUGAAUUUACCACAGGUGGACUGCAAUCAAGUUGUAGAAACAUCUCAAGGAUGAUCAAUGGAAAAAGGAUGCACCUGAGCUCAAUCUUGAGUCUCAUAGCAAAAGGUCUGAAUACUUAUGUAAAUAAGUUAUUAUUUUUUAUUUUUUAUUAACCAUUUUUUUGCUUUGUCAUUAUGGGGUAUUGUGUGAAGAUUGAAAAAAAUAAACAAUUUAAUCAAUUUUAGAAGAAGGCUGUAACGUAACAAAUGUGGAAAAAGUCAAUGUGUCUGAAUACUUUCCGAAUUCAGUGUAUUGUAUUGCAUUCCACUUAAAUCCACUUUUAAAUUAUGUAAAUGACUGAGGAAGACGUGUAGAAAAAGUAACCAUUUAAUUAAUGCAGUGCUCCACAUACAAACUUGUACAUGCAAAAUACCCUACAUGAAAGACUUUAAACGUGUUAGUGCUAGUUAGAUAUGCAGUCCAGGGAAACCAACAGACAAUUUUGUACCUGAGAUACACGAGAAUUGACUGUUGUUGGAUAUGGUAGCCACGUAUUCCUUAUCAGAGGUAGUAAUGUACCUCUACCAUAGACCAUUUAAACUGGUACAAUACUUCCACUCACAGGUGGCCAAAAAUAACUAACUGAAAUAUGCAUCUUUUUAACGUGAUUUUGCUUACUGAGACUAUUCUAGUUUUGCGAGCGACGGCAAUAUUUUAAUCUUGCCUAGAGUGGCAGAAUGGCCAGGACCAGCUCUGAUACAGGAGUAGUAAAGGCCCAGUGCACUACUUUGUGAGAGAAAAAAUGUUUCCUGAGAGAUUUACACGGUUAUCAAAACGUCACGCCAGGGUAAGCCUACACGAAACAAAGCCUUUAUUUUAAGUGUUUCUAAAAUACCCAUAUGGGAAAAAUGAAUGGUGGAAAAACGAUUGGAACCAUUUCCUUGUCUGACCGCAAGGUUUUAUGUGUAUUAUGACACAUACUGUGGUACUCUAUGUUGGUCCACUAAUACAGGAGUUGUAAAGGCCCAGUGCACUACUUUUGCGAAUAACCUUAAAAAAAUAUAUAUAUAUAUAUUAUUUAUGGGGUACAGCAGCACCCUCAGCACCCCUACUUUCUGUGGCUAUAGAAUGACUGCCAAGGUUAGGAACAUUAUGAAGAGACUACCUAAGCCAUUUAUACUUGAACAACCAUUUCAGGAACGGGUGCAAAAAAUCUAACUGAUUGGAUUAGUUUAAAUGUUAUUUACCUUUAUCUUCAGAUCUGCAAUAUGAUUGGUCAAUAAUCUAACACAUCUGUAUGGUUUUCAGCUUUUUCACAUUAAUUGCAGGAAUUGACACAAAAUGUGUUGAAACAUUUACACAAAUCAUGUUGUGUCAACAUGUGUCGGUCCCUAACUAGACACAAGGAUGUGUUAUUUUUUUAAACUCAUUUUCUAAGAGUGUAGGCCUUGAGAAUGAACAAUAUAAAGCUGUAUAGAGUAUAGGUGGGGAGCUCCACUAUACUUUACUCAUUCACUCGUUUUUACUUCAACCAAGAAUCCACCAAGUUUAUCAACUAAAGUAUCAACCUACAGUUAUGAAAGGACGUACAGUUAUGAUAGUAUAUUAAUUAUAUUGAAUAAUUAUUGAUCAUGUAUCUGUUUCAUUUUCUUAAUAGCAACUGGAUUACGAGAAAAAAAAGACAUUCUCAUUUAAAGUGGAGGUUACCAACACCUAUCUGGACCCCAGGUUCAUGUACAGUCCCAACCCUCCGUUCAAAGAUGACGCCAUGGUGCGGGUGACAAUAGAGGAUGUGGAUGAGCCGCCAGUGUUCAGCAGGAACCCUUACAUCAUCGAGGUGCACGAGGAUACAGCCGCUGGCAGCUUUGUUGGUGUGGUGUCAGCCAGGGACCCCGAUGCUGACAACAACCCAGUCAAGUAAGUGAUCAUGUGACGAGGGUCACACUGCUUGCGUAACAGUAUAAAGUUAACAAUUCAAUGGCACGUGUGGUGGAAUGUCAUCCCGAGGAGCGAGGUUACUAAUCCAACUCGGUUACACAUACAUACACUGAACUAAUCUGUCUCAUCUUUUUUAUAGAUUCUGUUCAUCCAGAGGAUGUGGUUGAUUGAUUGACUAUGUGUGAUUGGUGAUUAGUUGACUUACUGAUUGUUUAUAUGGCAAGCGCCAAGUCUGGGACCAAAAGGCUCCUGAACAGUUUCUACCUCCAAGCCAUGACUGCUGAACAGUUAAUCAAAUGAUUACCCGGACUAUUUGCAUUGACCCUUUUUUGCACUAACUCUCUUGAACUGACGAUGCACACUCACUGGAUUCUACUCACACAUACUUACACUGACACUCCAAAACAUACUCACACAGAGACAUAUCAAAUUGACGCCACACACACAAACACACACACACACACACACACACACACACACUCUUCACAUACACUGCUGCUACUCUGUUUGUUAUCUAUCCUAAUUGCCUAGUUACUUUUACCCCUACCUACAUGUACAUACAGUUGAAGUCGGACGUUUACAUACACCUUAGCCAAAUACAUUUAAACUCAGUUUUUCACAAUUCCUGACAUUUAAUCCUAGUAAAAAUCCCCUGUUUUAGGUCAGUUAGGAUCACCACUUUAUUUUAAGAAUGUGAAAUGUCAGAAUAAUAGUAGAGAGAAUUAUUUAUUUCAGCUUUUAUUUCUUUCAUCACAUUACCAGUAGGUCAGAAGUUUACAUACAUUCAAUUAGUAUUUGGUAGCAUUGCCUUUAAAUUGUUUAACUUGGGUCAAACGUUUCGGGUAGCCUUCCACAAGCUUCCCACAAUAAGUUGGGUGAAUUUUGGCCCAUUCCUCCUGACAGAGCUGGUGUAACUGAGUCAGGUUUACAGGCCUCCUUGCUCGCACACGCUUUUUCAGUUCUGCCCACAAAUCUUCAAUAGGAUUGCGGUCAGGGCUUUGUGAUGGCCACUCCAAUACCUUGACUUUGUUGUCCUUAAGCCAUUUUGCCACAACUUGGGGUCAUUGUCCAUUUGGAAGACCCAUUUGGGAUAUGCUUAACACCCCGGCCAUCCUACAAUCUAAACUAGAUGCCCUCAAUCUCACACAAAUUAUCAAGGAACCUACCAAGUACAACCCUAAAUCCGUAAACAUGGGGACCCUCAUAGACAUCAUCCUGACUAACUUACCCUCUAAAUACACCUCCGCUGUCUUCAACCAGGAUCUCAGCGAUCACUGCCUUAUUGCCUGCGUCCGUAACGGGUCCGCGGUCAAACGACCACCCCUCAUCACUGUCAAACGCUCCCUAAAACACUUUAGCGAGCAGGCCUUCCUAAUCGACCUGGCCCAGGUAUCCUGGAUGGAUAUCGAUCUCAUUCCGUCAGUAGAGGAUGCCUGGUUGUUCUUUAAAAGUGCUUUCCUCUCAAUCUUAAAUAAGCAUGCCCCAUUCAAAAAAUGCAGAACUAAGAACAGAUAUAGCCCCUGGUUCUCCUCUGACUUGAUUGCCCUUGACCAGCACAAAAACAUCCUGUGGCGUACUGCUUUAGCAUCGAAUAGCCCCCGCGAUAUGCAACUUUUCAGGGAAGUUAGGAACCAAUAUACACAAGCAGUUAGGAAAGCAAAGGCUAGCUUUUUCAAACAGAAAUUUGCAUCCUGAUGUUUCCACUCCCAUGCUUCACAGUAGAUAUGGUGUUCUUUGAAUGCAACUCAGCAUUCUUUGUCCUCCAAACACGACGAGUUGAGUUUUUACCAAAAAGUUAUAUUUUGGUUUCAUCUGACCAUAUGACAUUCUCCCAAUCCUCUUCUGGAUCAUCCAAAUGCACUCUAGCAAACUUCAGACGGGCCUGGACAUGUACUGGCUUAAGCAGGGGGACACAUCUUGCACUGCAGGAUUUGAGUCCCUGGCGGCGUAGUGUGUUACUGAUGGUAGGCUUUGUUACUUUGGUCCCAGCUCUCUGCAGGUCAUUCACUAGGUCCCCCCGUGUGGUUCUGGGAUUUUUGCUCACCGUUCUUGUGAUCAUUUUGACCCCACGGGGUGAGAUCUUGCGUGGAGCCCCAGAUCGAGGGAGAUUAUCAGUGGUCUUGUAUGUCUUCCAUUUCCUAAUAAUUGCUCCCACAGUUGAUUUCUUCAAACCAAGCUGCUUACCUAUUGCAGAUUCAGUCUUCCCAGCCAGGUGCAGGUCUACAAUUUUGUUUCUGGUGUCCUUUGACAGCUCUUUGGUCUUGGCCAUAGUGGAGUUUGGAGUGUGACUGUUUGAGGUUGUGGACAGGUGUCUUUUAUACUGAUAACAAGUUCAAACAGGUGCCAUUAAUACAGGUAACGAGUGGAGGACAGAGGAGCCUCUUAAAGAAGAAGUUACAGGUCUGUGAGAGCCAGAAAUCUUGCUUGUUUGUAGGUGACCAAAUACUUAUUUUCCACCAUAAUUUGCAAAUAAAUUCAUUAAAAAUCCUACAAUGUGAUUUUCAGGAAUUUUUUUUCUCAAUUUGUCUGUCAUAGUUGACGUGUACCUAUGAUGAAAAUUACAGGCCGCUCUCAUCUUUUUAAGUGGGAGAACUUGCACAAUUGGUGGCUGACUAAAUACUUUUUCCCCCACUGUAUAUCUCACUGGUCAUCCCCAAAGCCAACACCUCCUUUGCUGCCAUGCCCUCCAGUUCUCUGCUGCCAAUGACUGGAACGAACUGCAAAAAUCUCUGAAGCUGGAGACUCUUAUCUCCCUCACUAACUUUAAGCAUCAGUUGUCAGAGCACCUUACCGAUCACUGCACCUGUACACAGCCCUUCUGAAAUUAGCCCACUCAACUACCUCAUCCCCAUAUUGUUAUUUAUUUUGCUAAUUUGCACCCCAGUAUCUCUAUUUGCACAUCAUCUCUUGCACAUCUAUCAUUCCAGUGUUAAUACUAAUUGUAAUUAUUUUGCACUAUGGCCUAUGUAUUGCCUAAUAACUUGCUACAAUUGCACACACUAUAUAUAUACACUGCUCAAAAAAAUAAAGGGAACACUAAAAUAACACAUCCUAGAUCUGAAUGAAUGAAAUAAUCUUAUUAAAUACUUUUUUCUUUACAUAGUUGAAUGUGCUGACAACAAAAUCACACAAAAAGUAUCAAUGGAAAUCAAAUGUAUCAACCCAUGGAGGUCUGGAUUUGGAGUCACCCUCAAAAUUAAAGUGGAAAACCACACUACAGGCUGAUCCAACUUUGAUGUAAUGUCCUUAAAACUAGUCAAAAUGAGGCUCAGUAGUGUGUGUGGCCUCCACGUGCCUGUAUGACCUCCCUACAAUGCCUGGGCAUGCUCCUGAUGAGGUGGUGGAUGGUCUCCUGACAUGACUGACCCACCGCCAAACCGGUCAUGCUGGAGGAUGUUGCAGGCAGCAGAACGUUCUCCACGGCGUCUCCAGACUCUGUCACGUCUGUCACGUGCUCAGUGUGAACCUGCUUUGAUCUGUGAAGAGCACAGGGCGCCAGUGGUGAAUUUGCCAAUCUUGGUGUUCUCUGGCAAAUGCCAAAUGUCCUGCAUGGUGUUGGGCUGUAAGGACAACCUCCACCUGUGGACGUCGGGUCCUCAUACCACCCUCAUGGAGUCUGUUUCUGACUAUGGAGAUCAUUUUGCAGGGCUCUGGCAGUGCUCCUCCUGCUCCUCCUUGCACAAAGGCGGAGGUAGCAGUCCUGCUGCUGGGUUGUUGCCCUCCUACGGCCUCCUCCACGUCUCCUGAUGUACUGGCCUGUCUCCUGGUAGCGCCUCCAUGCUCUGGACACUACGCUGACAGACACAGCAAACCUUCUUGCCACAGCUCGCAUUGAUGUGCCAUCCUGGAUGAGCUGCACUACCUGAGCCACUUGUGUGGGUUGUAGACUCCGUCUCAUGCUACCACUAGAGUGAAAGCACCGCCAGCAUUCAAAAGUGACCAAAACAUCAGCCAGGAAGCAUAGGAACUGAGAAGUGGUCUGUGGUCACCACCUGCAAAACCAGUCCUUUAUUGGGGGUGUCUUGCUAAUUGCCUAUAAUUUCCACCUGUUGUCUAUUCCAUUUGCACAACAGCAUGUGAAAUUUAUUGUCAAUCAGUGUUGCUUCCUAAGUGGACAGUUUGAUUUCACAGAAGUGUGAUUGACUUGGAGUUACAUUGUGUUGUUUAAGUGUUCCCUUUAUUUUUUUGAGCAGUGUAUUUUCUGUGGUAUUUUUGACUUUAUGUUUUGUUUUACCCCAUAUGUAACUCUGUGUUGUUGUUUUUAUCGCACUGCUUUACUUUAUCUUGGCCAGCUCGCAGUUGUAAAUGAGAACUUGUUCUCAACUGGCUUACCUGGUUAAAUAAAGGUAAAAUAAAAAAAGAUUCCUGACUGAUGUCUUGAGAUGUUGCUUCAAUAUAUCCACAUCAUUUUCAUUCCUCAUGAUGCCAUCAAUUUUGUGAAGUGCAACAGUCCCUCCUGCAGCAAAGCACAAAUUAAAAUUAUAAAUAAUCUGUCUGUAAACAAUUGUUGGAAAAAUUACUUGUGUCAUGCACAAGGUAUAUGUCCUAACCGACUUGCCAAAACUAUAGUUUGUUAACAAGACAUUUGUGGAGUGGUUGAAAAACCUAAGUGUAUGUAAACUUCCGACUUCAACUGUAUUACCUCAUACCACUGCACAUUGGUUCUGUACCGGUACUUGUUGUAUAUAGCCUUGUUUUUGUUAUCUAUUGUGUUACUGUUUUUAUUUGCUACUUUUUGUACUAUUUUACUUUGCAUUGUCGGGUAAGGGCUCGUAAGUAAGCAGUUCAUUGUUGUAUUCGGUGUAUGUGACAAAUAAAAUUAGAUUGAUUUGAUUUUAUGUUCUCCUGCUGAAUAAAGCCGUUUGAGGUAAUUUGAUUGUUUUAUGACCUAAUGGACGGUUAUGGUGUAAGAAUAAACGCAGCAAGAGAAACAAAUGAUUCUUGGUGUGGUAUCAAGUCUAUAACAACAAUUCAAAGUUUCCUCUAAUCUGUUUUUUUGGGGGGGUGGAAAUAUGGUUAGCUUGGCUAAAUCUAAUCCAUCAGUUUAUCCUAGUGUCAGUGUGGAGUGAGGGAGGGAGAGGGGAAGGGAGGUUUGAAGAAAAGCAAAUUAUUCAUGGGUCCCUCCUGGUGAUUUCCCAGCGGAAGUUUGUGGCACUGUGAAGAGAAUACAGACCCUGUUUAUAUCCACAUAAUUAUGUAAACUAGCCCAGUGCGGUAGCGGCACAAAGUCAAAGUGAAAGAGCCUCAUUUGCUCUAUCGAUUCACACUGCUCUGUUCUGCCAUUCCACACAUAUGGUGCCUGUCUGUUUGUGUCUUUUUCUGUCUGUGUAUAUGUCUGUGUAUCUGUCUGUCUGUCUCCAACAUGGAGACAUGCCAGUCUCUGCUUGUGCAGCAUGGGAGGAUUGUGUUGCAAAUCAUGAAAUGUCAGUGGAAUAUGUAAGUUGACAGUGAUGAAUGAGACAGUAGUAUAGAAGGAUUCAUCAUUUCCUGACAAAGGAAAUAGAGGAAUGUGGGGACCAACAAUGGGUGAUUUGUAAUGUAUUUUCUCAUAGAGGCGUGUGUUAUUAUGCUCUAAUGUAAUGGUAUUUACGUUUAAGUCAUUUAGCAGACGCUCUUAUCCAGAGCGACUUACAGUUAGUGAGUGCAUACAUUUUCAUACUGGCCCCACGUGGGAAACGAACCCCAACCCUGGCGUUGCAAGCGCCAUGCUCUACCAACUGAGCUACAGGGGACUUGAUGGAAUUGAUUACAAGAAACAGGGACAGCCUUGUGCAAAUGGCCUACUGUCGGGGGAAAUAAAUAAUGUCCAGAUUCUUUAAUUUGUUUAAUGUGUAGAUAUGGGUAUAUAAAAAAUGUGGAUAUUUUUACACAAUCAAAUUAUGUAUUUGUAUUACUCUCUGCAGAUACUCCAUUGACCGCCAUACCGAUCUGGAGAGACUAUUCAACAUUGAUUCUGUAAAUGGCACCAUUACAACACUGAAAGCCCUCGACAGGGAGAUGUCCAAAUGGCAUAACAUCUCUGUUGUUGCAACUGAAAUAAGUAAGAUUAUAAUCCCUUUUCUUUACCUUGUUUUGCAAAAAAUGUCUAUGCAUGUGUCAGGCAGCCAAAGGGUAUAUGUAAUGUAGCUGAACUACGCCACCUAGGUGUGGUUAUGAGGAACUUAGAUAAGUUAGAAUAAAACAUCUGCAGCCCAGAAGCGUUGGAGUUCUCUAAAACACAGAGAAUACUGGCCAGCGCCUUGUCCCACAGAUACGUGCACUCUGGCAAGAAUGUGCAAAAUUGGCAAGAGUUUUAAAUGUAUAAAAUCUCAAACCAAGGAAUCUGUGUAAUAUUCAAGUAUAAACGGUGCAAUGUGCAAAUAACGCUAAAUCACCACAUAACUUAACUAAUAUUAGCCAUUAUAGCUGACCAACCGAGCACAGCAGCAAAUCCAGCGAGGACCCAUAGCCGGCACUAUAAUCGGUGCAUCUUCCACUACAUAAAAUAGACCAAGUCUACUUACAAUCUUCCUGCGUGAUAUCCACAGCGUUCCGCUCCAGUCAUUCCACAUCUGCAUAUAUCUGGUCACAACCAGGAUGGACAACCACUGUCCCAGCCCCAUAGGUCCACACGGGUAGCGCCCACAGUUUCGGUUGGCUCAGAGGGCCGCUUAUCAGACCGAAUUGUCCUCAUUAGGAAGUUCAGCAUUCACGGCGGGAGUGAGUAUUAGGAAGAAAACUCAAAUAAACAUGAAAAUACAAUAUAAUGGAAUAAUCAAUGUUUCAGGCAAUCGUGUAGGAAAAUCAGUCUGCAACAAUGUGAGCCUUUCCAAUUAAAUCAAAGUUUAGUGUCCACAGCAGCGUGACAUCCCCAAACUUUAAUGAGCUGGUGGUUGUCCAAGGCUAGCCCAAGUGGAGCGCAGGGGUAUAACAUCUGCUUCAUGGGGCUCAGCAGCAGGGACAACAUAAAAAAACAUAGAAUGGGGGGUCUACUCCAGCCUCUGCCUCAACUAUGGGUGUAAGUUCCUGUUCAGGGGUUUCACCUUCUGGGGCAAUACAAUGUUUAAGGGCAUUUCUGUGUAGGGUUCUCUCUUUCCCAUCCUUCUGUGGUCUGACUUUGUAUACGACCCCGGUGUCGGCUACUUGACCUACAACUACGUGGGGUUCUGGAUUCCACCAGCUGUGCAGCUCACCCUGUCCCUGCCUGUUCCUGUCUCGCACCCACACCCGCUCACCCGGAAGUACGGAUAAAGCCUGUGCUUUGCAGUCAUAGUCCUUCUUGUGUUGCUCAGCUGUGUCCCCCAUUUUAUUUUUGGCUAGGUCAUAAGCAAAGGUCAACCUUUGGUGAUGGUCACUAACCCACUCACUGGGGUUGUGCUUUGGCUUAGGGGGAUUUACGCCUAACAUCUACUGGGAGUCUUAAGUGGCAACCAAACAUGAGAUACGUCGGUACAUAGCCUGUGGAGCUAUGCAUAGUGUUGUUGUAGCCUUGAAAUAGCUUGGGAUGUGCUCUGGCCACCUACUCCACUUCUCUGCCUCCAAGGUGCGCAACAUGUUCAACAAUGUUUUGUUCAUCCGUUCAACCCUGCCAUUCCCUGCUGGAUUGUAUGGGGUCAUACUACUCUUAGAGAUGCCAUACAUUUCACAGACUUGUUGCAUCAAAGCUGACACAAAAUUUGGGCUCAUAUCAGAGUGGAAAUGGGAGGGGCAACCAAAAUGUCUGGACUGCAUGGGACCACACUGCUCCGACUGUGGUUUUUGCUGUCUGAUCACGAGUAGGGACAGCCCAUGCAUAUCAGGUAAACAUGUCAAUCAUGACUGAGAUAUUUUGAUAACUAUCUAGGGGCCUACUGAGGGAGGGGUAGUCUAGGGCAACCACUUCCAGGGGGAAGGACACUGGAAUGGGGUUUAAGGCGGCCCUGGCCUGUACCCUGUCUCUCUGCAGGCUACAGACAACACAUCCAGAGUGGAAACGCCAUACCUCCUCCUCCAUGCAUGGCCAGUAGAAGUGUCGCCGAAUGCUGGACAAGGUCCGCUCCACUCCUGGGUCGGCAGUCACAUGGUACUUCCUCCACACCUCUCUGCACCUAGAUGCUGGGCAGACAAUCUGGGAGAGUUGCUCAUGGGUGUUAGAGUUAAUUACUUCAUGGCACAGCACAUCUUUACAGAUCUUUAGUUUCCUCUGUUGUUGGAACAGACAUUUUACUUUUUGGGGCACAGCCCUCCUCUCUAGGCUCCCUGGCAUCAAUCCCAUUCCAACAUACAGCUUGACUUUCUGAACAUCAGGGACACCUUCUUGCCAGGUUUUUCAAUCGUCCCAAGGCAGCUCAGAGUCCUCCUGUGGACCUCGUGCUGCCACAGCAGUGGUCAGGUUCAUGCCGGCCGGUAUGCAGCUGGUCACAUUUCCUGUGGGCAAGGAGACUGGUGGGAACCUAGACAGGGCAUCAGCGUUAGUGUUCUCUUACUCAGAACGACACUUCACAGUGAAAUCAAAAGAGGGGAGUUGGGCAACCCACCUUUGCUCCACAACACCCAGCUGGGCAGUUUGUAGAUGAGCAACUGGGUUAUUAUCUGUUAAAAACAGUUAACUUAGUCCCCGUCAGGUAGUGCUGAAAUUUCUCUGUGAUGGCCCAUUUCAAGGCCCGGAGUUCUAACUUGAAAGAGCUGUAGUUAGCAUCAUUACAUUCAGUUGGGUGCAGGCUGCGACUAGUGUAGGCUAUCACACGCUCACGGCCAUCUUGCAUUUGAGCUAGGACUGCCCCAAGCCCUUGGUUACUGGCAUCAGUGUAAACUACAAAGAGUAGGAAAAAGACAAGACUGGGUCCUGGGUUAGGGCUGCCUUCAGUUGCUCAAACGAGGAUUGACAGGCUGGCGACCAAUUGACCUUAUUGAUCCCUGACCUCUUGUCAGCAGGAAGGGGCGUGCAAUCUUAGCAAAUCCUUAUACAACACGUCUGUAGUACCCCGACUAGGCCUAGGAAAGGAAAGGAAAGCCUUGACCCCGCUAGGCCUAGGAAAGGAAAGGAAAGCCUUGACCUGUUUGACCGUGGUCGAGGUGGCCCUGUCAGUAACAGAAUACAUCUUGUCUGGGUCAGGCAUGACUCCACUCCUGUCUACCACAUGCAUCAGGAAUUUUACCUGCUGUUGAAACUUACACUUUCUAGGUUUCAGCUUCAGUCCAUGUCUCAAGUCUCUCAAAGACCCUGUCAAGGUGCUGCAAGUGGGAUGAGAAGUCAGAAGUAUAGACAAUGAUCUCAUCAAGAUAGACUAAAUGGGACUCUGUGAUCUGCCCACAGAGACAUUGUUUUAUCAAAGGUGGCAGGUGCAUUACAAAGCCCAAAGGGCAUCCUGUCAAACUCAUAGAGCCCUACAUGUGUGGUGAAGUCCGUCUUUUCGCGGUCCUGUGGGUCCAUCUCCACCUGGCAAUAUCCGCUGGCUAGGUCUAGGGUCGUGAACCACUCUGCUUUGUUGAGUGUGGUGAGUCUCUGGGAAGGGAAAAAUAAUCCUUGUGAGUCACAAAGUUCCACUUACUUUAAUCUACACAAAAAUGCCAACUUCCCCCACUAGUGGUCAAAAGGUUUAUUGCGCUCAAAAUAUACCUUACUCACUUCAGCUAUUUAAGCAACCCAAGGACUGGAGCUUUUGCAGAUUAUACAAUUUAAGGGCCGAAACAUUAAGGUAUUCUGUGUUGAACAAUGUCAGUCCUUCCAAAAUCUUCAGCAUUAGCAGCAAAAACCUUCUCCCACUUCUGCAGCAGAGCACUGAGUUCUGCUUGCUGUUAUUCAGUGAGGUCUGGUCUGUCCAUCAGGCUGCUCACAUCAAAGCUGGACUCCACAUCUUCUAGGAUUGUGCAGGGCUCCACGACGCCCACCUGGACUACACCCUCCAGCAUCAGGCUCAGAUCUCCAGCUCCAUGUACAUCCACCUCAUCAACACGACUGACACUCUGCAGAUUCCGGUAGUGGCCUAUAGACAGACUGAAAGGGUGCAGAUUGAAAAUACGAACUGGAACUCUCCCAUUUUUUACCACAGCCAGUGUUCUUGCCACCCCUACAGCAUCUGGGUCCAGUAAGGCCUCCACGAGCCCACAGAGUCACUGCCCUGCGGGCCCAUCCGGGCACAUCCCGAUAGCACAACUUCGUUCCUGGCUGGAACACGGAUUCCUCGUCGGUUGGCGGGCCAGACGUAACCCAGGGACUCAUCCCCUCCACUGGUGCCGAUGGUCUGUUGGCAGGUGGCAAAGGCUUGUCUCCAGGUCUGUUGGGACUUGGGGUUCUGGCAGGACAAAGACACUGGCCACUCUUGGCUUUGAAAUAAAGUAUCCCAACAUGCAUUAAAAACGUUCAUCGUUCAUGCCCCGAUCAGGGGGUUAGUUGAACAUUCGUCUUUGACACAACUCCAAGGUUUGGUAUCUUGACACCUUCAAUUAAAAAAUCCAUGAUUGCAUAACCUACAUAUGGAAUGUCUAGGCCAUUUGCAGCUUUUAGGGUCAGAAUUGAAGAAGCCUCUCCCACCCCUAUCUUGCUGUUAGGGAAGUGUUUGUUCAAUAGUUGCUGUUGCAUAAGGGUGACCUAAGAGCUAGUAUCUAAUAGCCUAGUGAGCUUAACUCCAUCUAUACAAAUGUCCACUGUUGGACAGUCUCCAAUAAAAGUUGAGUUGGCAAAACCAGCUGACCCUACCGCUCGGACCUUAGCAGCAGGGCUGGCUAGUUUAAAGCCGGCCCAGAUUCGGAGAGCCCCCUACAGAACCUAGCUAUGUUUCCAGCCUGUUUGCGGCGAUAGCAGAUUGGAUUACCUUCGGCAUCCCAAGUGUUUAAGGGCCUGCUUUCAGUCAGAUUCGUGCAAACGAGACUCUGCAACAGCAGAACAUUUUUACCUCAGCCCAGUUUUUGCUACCAUGUUCCUCUUGCAGUAGCAUGGCCUCCAGGCGUAAGUCGUCAAAGCACAGUCCCAAGUUACAGCGGGCAUAGGUCAUCAGGUCACGAGUUAGGGCACCCUCUUCAAGACCCAAGAGGAACUGUUCCCGUAGAUUGUGUUCAGUCGGGGCAUACACUGAACAAAUAUAUAAAACGCAACUUGCAACAAUUUCAAAGAUUUUAUUGAGUUACAGCUCUUAUAAGGAAAUAAAUCAAUUGAAAUGAAUUCAAUCAGGCCCUAAAAUAUGGAUUUCACAUGACUGGGAAUACAUAUAUGCUUCCGUUGGUCGCAGAUUCCUUUUAAAAAAAUGGUAGGGGCAUGGAUCAGAAAACCAGUCGGUAUCUGGUGUUACCACCAUUUGCCUCAUGCAGCGCGACCUCUUUCGCAUACAGUUGAUCAAGCUGUUGAUUGUGGCCUGUGGAAUGUUGUCCCACUCCUCUUCAAUGGCUGUGCAAAGUUGCUGGACAUUGGCAGGAACUGUAACACGCUGUCGUACACGUCGAUUCAGAGCAUCCCAAACAUGCUCACUGGGUGACAUGUCUGUUGAGUAUGCAGGCCAUGGAAGAACUGGGAGAUUUUCAGCUUCCAGGAAUUGUGUACAGAUCCUUGCGACAUGGGACCGUGCAUUAUCAUGCUGAAAUAUGAGGUGAUGGCGGUGGAGGAAUGGCACUACAAUGGGCCUCAGUAUCUCUUCACGGUAUCUCUGUGCAUUCAAAUUGCCAUCGAUAAAAUGCAAUUGUGUUCGUUGUCCGUAGCUUAUGCCUUCCCAUACCAUAACCCCACCGUGGAGCACUGUUUGAAAUUGAGCUCAGGCCCAUCCUGUUUCCAUUGAUCAUCCUUGAGAUGUUUCUACAACUUGAUUGGAGUCCACCUGUGGUAAAUUCAAUUGAUUAGACAUGAUUUGGAAAGCCACACACCUGUCUAUAUAAGGUCCCACAGUUGACAGUGCAUGGAGCAAAAACCAAGCUAUGAGGUUGAAGGAAUUGUCCGUAGAGCUCCGAGACAGGAUUGUGUCAAGGCACAGAUUUGGGGAAGGGUACCAAAAAAUGUAUGCAGCAUUGAAGGUCCCCAAGUACACAGUGGCCUCCAUCAUUCUUAAAUGGAAGAAGUUUGAAACCACCAAGACUCUUCCUAGAGCUGGCUGCCUGGCCAAACUGAGCAAUCGGGGGAGAAGGACCUUGGUCAGGGAGGUGAACAAGAACCCAUUGGUCACUCUGACAGAGCUUCAGAAGGACAACCUUCCAGAAGGACAACCGUCUCUGCAGCACUCCACCAAUCAGACCUUUUUGGUAGAGUGGCCAGACUGAAGCCACUCCUCAGUAAAAGGCACAUAGCAGCCUGCUUGGAGUUUGCCAAAAGGCACCAAAAGGACUCUCAGACCAUGAGAAACAACAUUCUCUGGUCUGAUGAAACCAAGAUUGAACUCUGGCACCGCUCAUCACCUGGCCAAUACCAUCCCUACGUUGAAGCUUGGUGGUGGCAGCAUCAUGCUGUGGGGAUGUUUUUCAGCGGCUGGGACUGGGACACUAGUCAGGAUGGAGAGAAAGAUGAACAGAGCAAAGUAUAGAGAAAUCCUUGAUCAAAUCCUGCUCCAGAGCGCUCAGGACCUCAGAUUGGGGCAACGGUUCACCUUCCAACAGGACAAUAAUAUAAUAUGACCCUGAGCGCUCUGACCCUAAGCACACAGGCAAUGACCCUAAGCAAUGACCCUAAGCAAUGACCCUAAGCACACAGGCAAGACAACGCAGCAGUGGCUUCGGGACAAGUCUCUGAAUGUUCUUGAGUGGCCCAGCCAGAGCCCGUACUUGAACCCGAUCAAACAUCUCUGGAGAGACCUGAAAAUAGCUGUGCAGUGACGCUCCCCAUCCAACCUGACAGAGUUUGAGAGGAUCUGCAGAGAACAAUGGGAGAAACUCCCCAAAUACAGGUGUGCCAAGCUUGUAGAAUCGUACCCAAGACUCGAGGCUGUAAUCGCUGCCAAAGGUGCUUCAACAAAGUACUGAGUAAAGGCUCUGAAUACUUAUGUAAAUGUGAUAUUUCCCUUUUUUGUGGUGGGGGGUUGCAAACAUUACUAAAAAACUGUUUUUGCUUUGUCAUUAUGGGGUAUUGUGUGUAGAUUGAUGAGGGGAAUAAGGCUGUAACGUAACAAAAUGUGAAAAAGUCAAGGGGUCUGCACUGUAUGUUAUUUUUAAAAUGAAUCUGCUAAUGUCUACUGCAGGUGUAUUCAAAUCUUACCCUAUGAGGUCCAGACUACUGCUGUUUUUCUGUUCUACCUGAUAAUUAAUUGCACCCACCUGGUGUCCCAGGUCUAAAUCAGUCCCUGAUUAGAGGGGAAGAAAUAAAAAAAGCAGUGGAACUGGCUUCAAGGUCCAGAUUUUAAUUUGAGGGGUCUACUGUAUGGGCCUACUAACACGUUUUCAAACAUCUUGUUUAGAUAACCCUCGCCAAACCACUCGAGUCCCAGUGUUCAUACGGGUCCUGGACGUAAAUGACAAUGCACCUGAAUUUGCCAUGUAUUACGAGACAUUUGUCUGUGAAAAUGUCAAGUCUGGACAGGUACAUUAGAUGUAUGACAUUAUAAUACUACAAAUGCUGAAGAAAAGCCUGAAGAAACAUAUGUUUUCUAAUGCCUUUUUGUUUCACUAUCCACAGCUGAUUCAGACGAUAAGUGCAGUUGACACCGAUGAGCCCCUUGUUGGACAUAAGUUUGUCUUCAGUAUAAGUUCCUCCAAUCCAAAUUUCACUAUCAUUGACAAUGAAGGUAGCUAAAUGUUAGCCUUAUGCUUUUUAUCUGGCCAUUAUCUGGUCUUAGUGGUGUGAAUGGUAUUAACAAAUGUACUUUUUUGUAACCUAUGGAGCUGCAAUGUUACAAUCAGUACAGAGAACAUUUGUUCUAAACAUGAAAAACAACCUUUAAUUUCUCAUAUCCCCUCUUCCUUCCCUCUGCGAUCCACCCCUUAGAUAACACAGCCAGGAUCCUCACUCGAAGGGGAGGAUUUAGCCGGCGUGAGAUGAAUACAUACCUACUGCCCGUGGUGAUCUCAGACAACGACUACCCUAUCCAGAGCAGCACCAGCACUUUGACUGUGAACGUGUGUGCCUGUGACAGCCGGGGGAACGUGCAGUCCUGCAACACAGAGGCUCUGCUGUCUGCCGGGCUGAGCACUGGAGCACUGGUGGCUAUCCUGCUCUGUGUCAUCAUCCUCUUGAGUAAGUAUCACAAUCAAUCACACUGGUACAGUCAAUGGGCGCAUAACAAAUGACACCCUAUUCCCUGUGUAGAGCCCAUAAGGCUCUGGUCAAAUGUAGUGCACAAUACAGUGAGGGAAAAAAGUAUUUGAUCCCCUGCUGAUUUUGUACGUUUGCCCACUGACAAAGAAAUGAUCAGUCUAUAAUUUUUAUGGUAGGUCUAUUUGAACAGUGAGAGACAGAAUAACAACAAAAAAAUCCAGAAAAACGCAUGUCAAAAAUGUUAUAAAUUGAUUUGCAUUUUAAUGAGGGAAAUAAGUAUUUGACCCCUCUGCAAAACAUGACUUAGUACUUGGUGGCAAAACCCUUGUUGGCAAUCACUGGAUUUUUUUGUUGUUAUUCUGUCUCUCACUGUUCAAAUAAACCUACCAUUAAAAUUAUAGACUGAUCAUUUCUUUGUCAGUGGGCAAACGUACAAAAUCAGCAGGGGAUCAAAUACUUUUUUCCCUCACUAUAUAGGGAAUAUGGUGCCAUUUGGGAGAAGCCCAAAUCAAACAGAGUCAGAGCACUUAAGUAGUAUUCUUAAGUCUGAACAUACAGUACAGUAAGACACAGCAAUCCAAGUCACUUAUUACAAAGCUGAAGCAAUUAUUCUAGGCUGUGUCGGACUCUACCACAAUAAACUAUACUGCAUGUGUAAUGAACUGGUCUGUAGCCACAAAUAUCCUGGAUCAUAAUGUGAUAGCACCCUACUGAGCGAGAAGGGACUUCAUUUGCAUCCGGAAGGUACUAGCUAGCUCCUUCGACAGCACUUAAAUCCUCUGUGCUACUUCUGUGUUAUUGCUUUGUGUUAUUGCUUUGUGUUAUUCCUUUCAUCAUCAAACUUCUUCAACUAAAGAAAGUUGAAAGUAGGGCCACUCACUGAGACAUUAUUUUGCUGGCUGCAUGUGUAAAUAGUGUGUUUCCUCAUGAAUAUGGUGCAGCGGGAUGAAAGCUUUUAUUAUUGGUUAUAUCCACUUGACAAAAAGGUAUUUGUGUUUUCCCUUGCUAAAGUAGGUCACAUGCUAUUUCCUGGCAUCCUAAAGCACCACUUCAGCCUCCUUUGUGAGCAAAUGCAGUAUGUAAAAGCACAAAGUGCAAAACAGCAAGUGUGCAUGUCUUUUCCCCGGCAAAAAGCAAUAAAUAUGUAGUCCUUAUGUUCAAGGGCAUAAGGACUUUGAACCUGGUAUUGCAUUUGGCCAAGCAUAACCCCAGUGCUACCUAAACAGCAUCAUCCGUGAUCCUAUUAAGGAUGUUGAUAUAUUCAAUUAUCCAAUUAAAGGUAAUGAGUGACCUAACAGCAACAUAAAUACCAAUCCACUGAGUUUUGUUUGUGUACUCUGCUUCGCGUCGUGGCUAAGAACAGCCCUUAGCCCUGUGUUAUUCAUGAUAAUGCACAGGUUCUCAUGUUUUUAUUGCUUAAAUGAGUGUGUAUGCUAUUCAUCCUCCUCACUCUACUGCUUAGACCCAGCUCAUAUGUUGAUGUGUUCACCUGUUCAUGUGUGCUCUCUUCCUUUCACAAACACUUGUUCCAUAAUCUCCGCCCGACUUGAAUCUAGCUCGCAUCCUCGCCUAGCCACUGAUCCCUCGCUAGCAAAUAAAGUAUUUACAUUUAUUCCACUGCAUGGUGUGCUUGUUCCUCCUCACAGUCCCCCUUCACUUGUCUGUCUGACACUGGAGAGAGCUCUACUGUAGCUCUGGCUUCUGGCUCACGCAGAUUGGAAGUGCUGAAGGUUGAACCCCAUGCUCGCCUCUUGAGCGAAAUAUCAUGACAUCUGCUCAUUAUCCAAUGGUUUUCUCGCUUGAACCCCUCUGACAGGCUGUCUAAUUCACCUCUACUACGCCUCUGACAGACAGGCAGACAGACAGGCAGGCAGUUGACGCUGAGCUGGAACGGUUUGCGCUCCUCCUCCUCCUCCUCCACACUGCAUCACACUGCUCCAUGCCACCCCACACCGCCUAACACUAGGGUAUCAGUCAGAAAGGCCUGGUAACUGGGCCUCUAAAGAGCCACUCCUGCAGAAAGAGCUUUGUAAUUAACACCUGGGUGGGAGGCAGGUAGAGCACUACAGCACCUGCUGAGAGGUGAGAAAGAGGAGGAGGGGGAUGAGGAGGAGGCCCCAAUGUGAGAGAAUUAUUUGUAUUCUCAUUUGCUCCUUUUUCAUGAAAAUUAUGAGCUGUACCAUCAACAACACAAAUCCCACGCUUUCAGAGCGCCACUCUCUGGAUGCAAAUUCCUGCUUGAGCUGGAAAGUUUGGCUUUAAAGUCCUGCUCAGAAAUGAAAAUAGAAUAAAAUGUAUUUAAUUAUGUGAGUACGGGUAGUCUGACUUGAGAGAGAGGGAAAUAAAGGGCUCUUUCAAGUGCUACAGAUGUUCUACAGUGAAUGUGAUGUUCAGGGGAAAAGAGAAAGAAAAGCUUGUUCUGCUCAAUCUUUAUUUAAAGGAGGUGAGUGCCCGGGGCAGUGCAGCGUAUUUGUCACUGAGAGCAAAUCUCUUUCUCUCCGGUGUGUAUUCCUUAGUUUACUUAAUGAAUGGCACAUGUAUCGAAGCACACUCCUCUCCUCUCCCAUCUCAUACUCAAGUUUUUCUGUCUGUCUGUCUGUGUGUGUCUGUAGUAAUCGUGGUGCUGUUCGCUGCCCUGAGGAGGCAACAGAGGAAGAAGGAGCCUCUGAUCAUCUCCAAAGAGGAUGUGAGAGACAACGUCGUCAGCUACAACGAUGAAGGGGGCGGAGAGGAGGACACCCAGGCCUUUGAUAUCGGCACGCUGCGUAACCCGGAGGUGAUGGACGCUAACAAGCUGCGCAGGGACAUCAUCCCAGAGAUGCUGUUUCCCUUCGGGAGGACAUCACCUAUAAAGGAUAACGCCGACGUCAGAGACUUCAUUCACGGGAGGCUCCAUGAGAACGACUCGGACCCCACCGCGCCCCCGUAUGACUCCCUUGCCACCUAUGCCUAUGAGGGGAGCGGCUCGCUAGCCGAGUCCCUCAGCUCUCUGGAGUCUGGAGCUACGGAGGGGGACCAGGAGUACGAUUACCUCAGCAACUGGGGGCCGCCGUUCAAAAAACUAGCGGACAUGUAUAUAGGGAAGGACACGGAGAGAGAAACCUAG